CUUGGAUCUCGUUUUGGUUUAGACACAGUUUCCUUUUAAUCUAACCACCUUUCGUGCAAAACAAAAGCUCAACAUGCGAAUGUUCAUUAUACCUUGUCUCGCACUAUGCGUGGCAUUGGCUAGCGGUGGAGCAGUUGACAAAUCAGCUUCAGAAUCCGACACAAAGUCAGAAGCUGCCGCUCCCAAUGAGGAAUCAAAGAACGUGGAAAAACGUGGAUUAUAUCUCGGCGAUUAUGGUGGUCAUUCAUAUGGGGGUCAUUCUUAUGGUGGUCAUCAUGAACAUCACGAACACAUUAAGACCAUAACAAUUGAAAAGAAGGUCCCAGUACCCUACACUGUGACCAAACAUGUUCCUUACACGGUGGAAAAGAAGGUGCCCUAUGAGGUCAAAGUUCAUGUUCCACAACCCUACUAUGUAGAGAAAAAGGUGCCAGUACAUGUUAAGGAAUACGUUAAGGUCCCAGUUCAUGUACCCAAACCAUAUAUUGUUGAAAAGAAGGUACCCUAUGAAGUCAAAUACCCUGUAGACAAACCCUAUGAAGUUAAGGUGCACGUACCUCAACCCUAUGAAGUGAUCAAGAAGAUUCCAUAUGAAGUCAAGGUCCCAGUACCACAACCCUACGAAGUUAUCAAGAAAAUCCCAUAUGAAGUGAAAGUAGAGGUCCCAGUACCAAAACCAUAUGAAGUCAUCAAAAAGGUACCAUAUGAAGUCAAGGUCCCAGUUGAGAAGCCAUACCCCGUUGAGGUGCCAAAACCAUACCCAGUCGAAGUUGAGAAACCCUAUCCAGUUGUGGUUGAAAAGAAGGUCCCAUAUGAGGUGAAAGUACCAGUUGAUAGGCCAUACAAGGUGUACGUCGAGAAACCAUAUCCCGUUCAUGUAAAGGUUCCAGUUCCACAGCCAUAUGCUGUCGAGAAGAAGGUUCCAUAUACUGUUGAAAAGCCAGUCCCAUAUGAAGUCAAAGUUCCAAUCGAUAAACCAUAUCCCGUUUAUUCAGAGGUAAAGGUGCCAAUUCAUAAGGAAAUUCCAAUUGCUGAGAAAUAUCCAGUUGAAGUGCCAAUUUUCAAAAAAGAAGAACACCAUUCCUCAUAUCAUUCUCAUGGACAUCAUGAAUACCCUUCAUACUCUUCUCAUUCCUCCUACUACCAUUAACAAAACAAAAAAACCCUAAAAAAACUCAUACCAAAACCCUAAAAAAAAAUAUUCGAUUAAGAAUGAUGAAAUUCUGUCCCGGAAGUGGGGCACAUGAUGUGUGCUUGCAGUAUUUUUAAUAUAUGUGUACUUCCAUUCGACGUUGAGCUGACUUAAAAAGUGGUUUUUUGUUUUAUAGAAAUUAAGAUUGUUUAAGUAUUUUAUAGAACAAAAUACCAUUAUCUGUAUUAUAAACCAAAUGUGUUAUACUUUUAUUAAAUAUUUUAUGUAUUUAAACGAGAUGAUGAUAAAAACGAAAAUAAUUAUAAAUUUUUUA